AUGAACAAGCGAGAGAGACCGCUCAGCAGGGAGUCCGCCGCCGCCGCCGCCGCCCAGCCCACCGCCCCGCAGAGAAGGAAGACCCCGUCUUUCUCCUCCUCCCUCCUCGAGUCCAUCUACCGCUCCAUCGACGAGUCCGGCGGCCAGGACCAAGCCUCUCCCCUGUUCCCGGACCCGGCCCUGAUCAAGAAACAGGGCACCCACAAGACCAGGCAUGGAGCCUCGUCUUCUUCCUCGUCAUAUUCGCACAGGGAGCUGUCGAACCUCCGGAGGGCCAUGAUGAUCGAGGAGUGGAUGGAGAAGCAGAGCUCGCGCAACUCCUCCGACUCGAGCUCCGCCGCAACGUUCUCGACGUUGUCGUCCUCCGAGACGGAGUCCACCCACCGAGCGAAGCCGAGGGCCCUCCUCGAGGACCGCAAGGGCGGCGGCGACAAUGCCGGCGGGUUCUCGAAGACCAAGCUCAGGGCGCUCAAGAUCUACGGCGAGCUGAAGAAGGUGAAGCAGCCCAUCUCGCCGGGAGGCCGGAUCACGAGCUUCCUCAACUCCAUCUUCAACUCCGGCAACGUCAAGAAGGCGAAGAUGUGCUACGUCGGCGCGGUCGACGACGUGAGCUUCGAGCGCAAGUCCAAGUCGGCAUGCUCCUCCGCAUCUUCCUUCUCGAGGUCCUGCAUGAGCAAGACCCCGAGCACGAGAAGCAAAUUGAAGAGGUCCGUCCGGUUCUACCCCGUGAGCGUGAUCGUCGGCGAGGACUCUCAGCCCUGCGGCCACAAAUGCAUCUACGAGGACGACCGGAAGGCCAAGAACGGCGGCGCGAGCCUCAGCCUCGUCUCCCAGAGGGAGAGAGAGGCCAGGGUCGAAGCGGAGAGGGAGCGCUACUUCCAGAAGAAGAUGGACGCGAGGGGCAUGAGCAAGAACAGAGUGGUGGUGAGCGAUUACAGCGACGAAGACGACGACGACGACGACGACGACGACAUGGAGAGCGACGCGAGCUCGGAUCUCUUCGAGCUGGAUCACUUGAUCGGCGUCGGGAGGUACAGGGAGGAGCUGCCGGUGUACGAGACCACCUGCUUGAAGAAGAACCAAGCCAUUGCUCAUGGCUUGUUCUUGUAA